AUGUUAACUGUUUCCUUAUGUUUUUGUUUUCAAGCGGAAUGUGGCAAACGUCCUAUCACCACUCGUGUGGUUGGCGGAACGAACGCAGUACCUAACUCAUGGCCAUGGCAGAUAUCAUUGCGAGUGACUAUACGAGGAAAGCUCUAUCACAUUUGCGGAGGCUCGCUCAUUUCACCGACUCACGUGGUUACUGCGGCUCAUUGUGUUGCAAACAACGCCACACCGAGUCGCUACAAAGUUGUCGUAGGUUAGAAUCAAGGAUUUACGCCGGCUGAGUUCUCGCGGAAGAAUAGAGAAGCCUGCUAGCAAGCUAUUCAAGGCGCUCUGGCAGCGGGACUGCCCUCUGCUGGAAUAGAUGGAAGGGUAUAUCCUGCUGAUAAAUGGUGUAGUACUGUUGAUGCCGGACGAGGGGAGGGGGAGGGAGUAAUGCACUUUCUCAUUUAGCCUAAACUUGCACGUGCUCGUUAAGAGAAUAUGGUUUUCGGGAUCUUGUUAAGCCUUAAAAAGGCAGUGGAUUUUCCUAUAAAGAGUCUUGAACAGGAUGUCUUUCUGGACUGGGGGUGGGGAAGUAGAGGAAAGAAAUCUAGUUUUUUUUUUUUUCGUUUUGAUCUAGUAUAAAAAUAAAUGAACAUUGAUACAAAACAUUAGGAAAUCUGCUCGAGCUUUUCAGGAGGUACGGAUUCCUUGAGUAUAUACAGUCGUUUCUUGACAGUUUGAGUACAGAUAAUGUCAGUUUCAGGUUGAAGUAGGCUCUCACACCCAAGUGAUGAUAGCCGCUUAUGCUGUCGAACUUCACGAAUCGGGCUUUGUUUUUCUUAGAAGCUUCUGAAAAACAGGAGCAAGGGUGGAUUUCCACCGUCACGUUUUAUAAAAUAGAGGCAAUGUAUGAAAGGUCGCGCGUAAACGUUAAAGUCGAGCGAGGUUCAAAGCCAUUAGUGAUUUGUCUUAUUUUUACUUGGCCCUUUGUGAUCACACAAACUCACAAAUAAUCAACAUAACGCUAUAGGUGUACUGACCGCGCUUGUGUAUCUUUAAAGGUGAACAUGACCAGACAAAAAACGAAGGGAGCGAACAAGUGAUCGAUGUGGCAGCGGUUUGCUAUCAUGAGGACUUCGCCCUGCAUCAUCUGCGCCAUGAUGUUGCAGUACUAACAUUAGAAAAACCAGUGACAUUGAGUGAAAAAGUAAGCACUGUGUGUUUGCCUCGGAGUGGACAGCAAGUGGCUACGGGAACAAAGUGUUAUAUAACUGGUAAGUCCGUUAGAAGCAAUAAUGAUAUUAAGCCUAACUCAAACGGGAAUAUGUUGGUUCAACUCAGUUCGUCGGAAAUUAUCAGUUGGAUGCGUGGCAAUCUUGUUCCCAGCUAGAGUCCGCGUUACCGGCCCUUGUCUAUCAGAACCCGCUGCCCGUUCCGCUGCACUAUGGACACUAUAAUGUAACUCGGACUCUGUAAGUGAGUUUGGUCGGAUGGAACACGUGUAAUCCCGUUUAAACACCUCUCUUGGGGGUCUUGUUAGAUAAUGUUUCCUCUAAAUGAAUUGGAAGUCAGACUUUCAUUUAACAUUUCCUUUGUUUUCGAGAGCAAAUGAACAUGUCGCCAUAUGUUGGCCAAGGUUUGAUCAGCUUCGCAACAUGUCCGAUGCGUGUAUACGCAAACAUUGUUCGUUAGUAUGAUAAAAAAAGCUAUAAGUUAACCUCUCCUUCCAUACGACUAUGUUUAUUUUUCGAAGUAAGAUAUAGUAACAUCAAGGUAUUUCGAUGAAUCGACGCACUGACGUCAUCUAUACAAUCCACAGGCUGGGGAAGACUUAUCGGCGGCGGGAGUCCGGCGACCAUUCUCCAACAGGCUGCCAUGCCUGUGGUAGAUCACCAGACCUGUGCAAAUGCUAACAAAAACUUAGCAACCGUAGAUCAGGAGAGUAUGGUGUGCGCAGGAUACGCUACAGCAGGCCAUGCGAUUAGCGGCUGCCAGGGUGACAGCGGAGGACCAUUUGUUUGCGAAGAAAAUGGACGUUUCGUUCUGCGUGGGGCCGUGAGCUGGGGGCACCCUAACUGCGAAGCAGAGAAAACCUACACUGUGUUCGCUCGUGUUAGUUCUUAUGUAGAUUGGAUCACGCACCAAAUGGCAAUUGGAGGUUAA